UCUCAGCCGGUAGUUUUUUGUAUGAAGCAUUUUUUUCUCGCAGUUCUUCGCAAAAUAAUAAAUUUCGUUAAUUUUGAUUCCAUUAAUUUGGACGGUCGGUUUAAAAUCUGCCGUUUUUUUUCGUUGAAUGGGAAAAAGUGAUCACUCAUCAGCAGCAGCAGAAGGUGGACGACGAGGGGGAGGUAAAAGGAAAAAUAAGAACAGAAUGAGUUAUCUGAAGCAAGUUCGUCAAGGUGGUGGAGGAGGCUGGGGACGUGGUCGCGGUCGAGGGGGGAGAGGUGGAGGAGGAGGAGGUGACUAUGUCAGCGCGUAUGGUCGUGACGGGCACAAAAGGCGACAACAACUUGCCCCUGGGAUGCGUGGAUUCUUAUUGACGACAAACUUUCGAGAAAGUGAAUGUGUUCGGGAUGGAUACAAUUUGCUGAAUGAGUAUUAUCGACCAGAGGAUGAAGUUGAGGGAGGUGUGAAACAAGUAGAGGGAAUGGAAACAUGCAGUGUUACGAAUUCACAGGAUAAGGCACAAGAAAGCGCCGAACCUGCCAAAACUGAGGAAGGUGGUGAAAAAACGGAGGCAAGUCAAGUAGAAGCGUCCGGUUCACUAAAUCCUGUGACUUCUUCUGACAAUGAUGAUGAAGAUAUUGACAACGCUCUUGAAAAAGAAAUCACAGAGUUGAAAAGUGACCGAAAAAUUCAAUAUAACAUGUUUCAAUCGGUGGAUACUGGCGUCAAAAACGUCGUUUUCAUCAAAACUACGUUGAUGAAACCAAAUGGAAUCAUCCAAAGAAUUUUUGAUGAUGUCUUAGCAAACAAAGAAACCAAAUCUCGAAACAUUCUGCGUUUCAUCCCAAUUGAAGGGACUUCUCGAACUGAUAAGGAAUCUAUUCGUCAACUCUGCAAAGAAAUAUUCACUCCAUAUUUCGCUGGAGGGUACAAGUCUUUCAAAAUAAUUUUCAACGUUCGAUACAAUAACCUCGCCAGGGAUGAAGUUAUCGCAACUAUCGCUGAGGUGGUCACCGAGAUUAACCCGUUGAACGUGGUCAAUUUGUCAGAUCCUGAGUAUACCAUCAUUGCUGAGGUCAUUAAAACGACUCUAUGCUUGACUGUGUUGAAAGAUUUCUUAAAAUUUAAAAAGUACAACAUUGUUGAAAUCGUGUCACCCACGCCACCUCCAAAACCCAAGUCAAUCAAUGAUGAAGGACCUGGUAAAAAAGAUACUGAGGAUACAUCAACACCAGACAGCGGAAAAAAUGAAGCGGAAGGUCAAGAUCCAAAUAAAGCACCACCACUACCUGAAAAUGUAGACCAAGAACCAGGCAAUGGUGUUGAUACAAGCGAUAUUAUCGCAACAAGCGACCAGCAGAAAUCGGAAACGGCAAUGGAGGAAGCUUCAAACUAAUAACGAAUCCGGAUAUCAGACUGAACUUUGUAAUCUUCGCCCAAUUUGUUACUUACUUUGUUAUCAGCUAUUGAUUAUGUACCAUUAUGUUUUUGUAAGUACGGUUCUCCUAAAAAUUCAAUACGCCAAGAAAUAUUAGCUUUAGAUCCAAUAUGAAUUACUGUUUGGAUAAAUGUAAUGUGUACUUUCUGAAUUUUCAACAUAUGUAAUGUCAUAUGCAAUGCAACAUGUAAAAAGAAUACAUGUGAAUUUUAAAAAGUAAGUGCUUGUGAUUGUCUCGACUAAUCGUAAGUUAGCAUUUGUACACUGUCAAUUUGUUUUGUUUAUUACAAAUAUUUUUGUACCAAUGUUGCGAAUUACAAUAAAAAUGCAAAGUACGAAGAA